GCGCAUCGCGAUUCUUAGACGCAAUCCGGACAGGUUCUAUUACGCCUUUCUAAUCGCGUAAGCCUCCGCAAAGAGAAAGAAUUCUCGCGUCGUCAUGAAAGGCAAUUACAAGUUGAGUUCUUCUUCAAUGGAAUAUCCUUUGAAAAUCGCCCCGACGUAGGAUAUUCUCUCUUUCUCUCUGACGAGCCGCAGGAUGGUUAAACUUGGAGAACAAACUAAACUCUUAUCGAUCGUAUCAGCGGAAUCACUAAUAUGCUUCUUUGUUUGUUGUAUUCUCGAAAUAAUCUCAACCUUACAUCUCUCUUUCUCUCUCCCUCUCUCUCUCUCUCUCUCUCUCUCUCUCUCUCUCUCCAGUAUAUGAUCGAGUCGCAUAAUCCAUUAACUUUGAAUAUUUUAUUCGAUGCCGUAUAAUUUUCAGACUUUGCAAUUUUACCAACAUGAAUAAUUUACGAUGCUCCUUAUCGGACCAAGAGCUUUCCGCCCCCACAAACUUCCUCUCGAAUGAAAUUAUCGCGGAAAAGAAUAUUUAUUCGUUAAACUCGAUAAAUUCAUUAGCAUCGCUAGGAGAGGGAUUUAAUCCUUACGAAUGUUUAAACGGAAAAUAUGAAGCACGUUUUAGCUCGUCGUUCGAAUAGGUUAGUCGUAUUUCUUUAGAAACGUUCACCUUUCGAUGCGAGCCGUAGGUUCGUCGGCUUCCUUUUCACCUCGAGAUUAGAAUGCACGAUCGAGGAAAGAAAGCGAGCGGAGCUUGCUUAACGAAGGUACGCUAAUCGGAAUUAGUCGUUUCUCGUUCGACAAAGCACCACACCGGUCGCUCUCAGGUACUUAGUCGCUCUUAUUGCGUUCCCGUCCCUUUGAUUUUAUGAGAAAACCGUCCUUAAUUCCGUAAUCGAAUUACGUUUGCUCGUAUCCUGGUUUCGAUGCGUUAGAAUUAAUCGAGAAUUAUUAUUAUUAUUAUCAUUAUAAUAAUAAAAAUAAUUAAGCUCUCUCUCUCUCUCUCUCUCUCUCUCUCUCUCUUUCUCUCUGGGGUGGGAGUGCGUUAAUUGCAGGAACAAUUAUGGUAAUGGUCGUUUCGUAUAACAACGUUAUUUCGUGCAACGAAAUUAAAAUGUGUGCAUUAGGUUUAUCAGAUAGCGAAACAAUUGAGGAGCCAUGGCCUUCGAAUCUUGAAAGCUCAACAACGUUCGAUGCUUCGGCCGUGGUCUACGCGCAAAAUCUUUUGGAAGAUCUUCUUUUCGCAUAUAAAUUAGACGUGUACUUUUGAUUUCUUUUGCGAAAAUUUGACGGAAAACUUUCCUUUCUCUAACAUCGCCGCCGUUCGGGAUAAGAGAGAAUGGAACAUGAAGGAGACGGGUGCGAGUUGGUAGUAGAAGCGAGACCGUCGUCGUCACCGAUGCCACGUUGUUGGCCAUCAUCGUCGUCGUCGCCGUCGCCGUCGUCGUCGUCGUCGUCGUCGUCGUCGCCGCCGUCGUCGUCGUCGUCGUCGUCGUCGUCGUCGUCGUCGUCGUCGUCGCCGUCAUCGUCCAGUGUCACCAACAUCCUUGUACUUUCAACGGAAGAAAAAACCGAUCGGCAUCGGUUCUCGUCAACGUUCUGGUCGUUCUCCUUGCCAUAUUGGUCCCUAUCGGUGCCAUCGUACGAAGUUACCGUAGUAGAGAGCUCGACGAGAGCGAUCGGUGGUGGCCCGGGUGCUGCCGCCGGGCCGGCGAUGCGACGAUGAGCUCGUCGAGGGUGUUAGCAUCACCACCACCACCACCACCACCACCACCACCACCACCACCACCACCACCACCACCACCACCACUACAAACAUCACCAUCGCCAUUGACGCUAUUACCUCUAGCACUCCACGCCCGUUUCUAUCUACCGCCCUCCGACUGUUGUCAUCGUUGCCGGAGGUCUCACAUUCCGGAAAAGUUAACGAGAGUAAAGACCUGGAGGAGGAGGGGGAAGAGGAGGAAAAGGGAGGUGGAGCGAGCCGGUGCUGGACCGACGACGAGGGCAACGACGACGACGACGACGACGACGACGACGACGACGACGACGAGGAGGACGAGGAGGAGGACGACGACGACGGGGAGGAGAGUGAGGAGGACGGAAAGGGCGACGGCGACGACGUUUCUUCGAUUCGUCCUUCGGCCAUGGACCUCGAAACGAGGAACGGCACUGACAACAAUGAAGACGACGACGAAUACACCAAUAUUCACUUUAUCAUUGGCGACCGCAGAGAGACGGCAACCUAUCGCUCUGACCAGGUUACGGACAUGGAGUUGAAGGAACUCUUUAGAAACGCUGCGGAGGCUGGACCUCUGGAUAUCGUGAAGCUUCGCAAGGGAGAUAAGCUCCUGAACAUUUCGCGUCACUUGCCGGCAAAUACUCCCGACACGCCCUAUGUUCUUCAGGUCGUCGGUGCUCACCCCGCCUCCUCGGGGAUGAUGGAGUUAGAAGUUCUGCGGGCACUCGAGAGCCGCGUGGCGAGCCUGGAGCGGGAACUGCGCGAGCACCAGGAGGCCAUUUGCGCGUCACCACCGUUGGCACUUCGGGAACUUAAGAGGCAGGUCGACAGCUUCAAGAACAAGCUCGAGACUACCGAGCACCUCAGCUGGCUGGGUUUCUACAAGCAACUUCCAGAACCCAUUUCCUCGAAAGCAUGUAGAAGGUUACAAUAUCGUCGGAAGAGCGACGGCAUAAAGCGUAAAGUGCGAGAAAAGUUCCUCAACAUCUGCGACGUGGCCAUGUCAUCGAAUGUUCGAGAAUGGCUUCGCUCGCCGGCCUUCGAUGCCCGACAAUGGGAAGACGAGGAGCUCCUUCUGAUGCUGCAAACGAUGUUCGUCGAGCUCGACCUACCUCAAAAGUUCAACAUUCCCUUAUACGUUCUGAGGAACUUUCUAUACGAGGUCUACAUAAACUACAACGAGGUGCCAUUCCAUAACUUCCGGCAUUGUUUCUGCGUCGCUCAGAUGAUGUACGCGAUAGCUUGGGCGGUGGAUUUGCCGUCGCGGAUCGGCAACCUCGAGGUCUUCGUCCUGAUUGUCUCCUGCAUAUGCCACGACCUCGAUCAUCCGGGCUACAACAACAUCUAUCAGAUAAACGCGCGUACCGAGUUGGCCCUGCGUUACAACGAUAUCUCGCCCCUGGAGAAUCAUCACUGUUCGGUGGCCUUUCGCGUCCUAGAGUCCGCCGAGUGUAACAUCUUGGCGUCCUUGGACUGUUCGACCUACAGGACGGUGCGCGAAGGUAUCAUACGAUGCAUUCUCGCAACCGACAUGGCAAGGCAUAACGAGAUACUAGCGCAAUUCACCGACAUCAUCGCGGACUUCGAUUACUCGAACAGGGCCCACAUUAAUCUGCUAUCGAUGAUCCUGAUAAAGGUUGCCGACAUCAGUAAUGAGGCACGGCCUAUGGAAGUCGCGGAACCGUGGUUGGACAGGUUGCUUCAAGAGUUCUUCAAGCAGAGCGACGCGGAGAAACUCGAAGGGCUUCCGGUAACUCCGUUUAUGGAUCGUGACAAAGUGACAAAACCCUCGUCGCAGUGCAGCUUUAUCGGCCUAGUUCUUCUUCCUCUCUUCGAAGCCCUCGGCGAGCUGUUUCCCGAACUCGAGGAUCUCAUAGUGCGACCGGUGAGAGAAGCUCUCGAGUAUUAUCGAAGACUUAACGAGGCGGCAAAGGACGAGCGGCAUCAUCGUAAGAGCGUGGUAGAUCUCGGAGAAUCGAAUCAGUCUUUGGCCCAGGUCGCGACUAGUUCAACGGCCGCGGCUUCGACGUCGACGUCGACGUCGACAUCGGCAACGACGGCGGUCGUCAAAUCUACCUCGUCUCAUAGCAUGCGCUCUAAACGUUCCGCCGGUACUAUUCACUCGAGAUCGCGCUCGACGGAAGAGGACAUUACGGCGGAGGAUCUAACGAUCGAGGAAGCGGAGAAUCUCGAGAGUUCGGAUCCCGAGACGGCAACCGAAGUCGAGAUCAGCGAGAAGACGUUAAAGUUUAAAAUCUCGACGGAGGGUACGACUGUUGGAUCUGCCACGCAUUCCGGCAGAAAGAGUUAUCCUGGUAGCCGAAAGGGCAGCAAGGAGAAAUCCUCCUUGGAUUAUCACAAUUACGAGCUUGCGCGGGCCAUGAGAGAACACGAGCGCGAGCGCGAUCGAGAGCGCGAGAGGGAGAGGGAGAGGAGACGCAGCCGCGGCGAGAACAAUCUCGGGAGUGAUCUUAGCUCGCCGGUUAGCGUGAGAUCGAUCGACGGCAGUAAAAUACUCGAAGAACUCGAGCGAGACGAUUCCAUUUUCUUCGAUGAGAACGUCAUCAACGAGGAGAUACAGGUGGUCGAGGGUAACGGGAACGCGAUCGGUGACUUCCAAAAGGAACGUACCAGAAGGAACGGCUCGAAGCAUCAAUCCUCUUCCGGGAUAAGUCGCAAGGACGUUCCUAUAAUUCGACGAGAAUCGAUCGUCUCUUUGCGUUGCUCUUGCGACGACAAGAGCAACUCCUCGAAUAAUCACAAGUCGUUGCUAUCGCGUUUGAGGAACUUUACGGAUCGUUUGAGCAUAAGUUUCGACUCCAAAGAUUCACCUAGUCCAAGAGCCACGAAACACGUGGCGAAAAGUCUGAAUAAAAACAAUUCCAUGAGCGCUAAUACUUGCACCGCUAUCGCCAGGCGCCGGCAACAGCAGCAGCAGCAGCAGCAGCAGCAGCAGCAGCGCGAUCCUCCGAGCAUUUGCAAGCGAUGUAAUCUCAGGAAAGUAGUAGCGAGCAAGGAGGACGCCGGAAAGAUCCCUCCGACGACGGUAGUCGAGCUGUCGAGAGCUAUAGAUAAGAGGGCUAUGACGUUGCCGAAAGUGAGAAAGAUGCAGGAUUCGAAGAGUAAGGGUUGGAAGACGGUCUUCGCGAAGGAAAGAAAAUCGUCGGCUUCGUUGGAAGUUUUACCCGGCGAGAAUAAGUCGAUCGAAUCGAAGCAUCGGAGAAAUCUGUCGAAUCCGGAAGGUAAAUGUUCAAAGGGGCAAAAGGGCCUCGACAUUGGCAUCGACAUCGGCAUAGACAUCGACAUCGAGUUCAAGGAGAUCGAGGUGCGCCCUUCUAGAGGCGUCGGUCAGCAACAACGGGAAAAACCGGAGAUAGUCGUUAAUCCGGAUAGCUCGUCGCCGUGCGGAUACGAGGACGCCGAGGAUAUGGGAAAAAUCGAAAUCAGACGGAGCUCCGCCAGUAUGGAGGACAUAUCGAAGAUCACGAAGCAAACUGAAAAUAUUCUUUUGGGCUCCUUGGAGGCAAAAAAAGCGGAGGACCUUCAGCAUACGGGUAGUUUGGACUCGAUGCUUUGUAAGGAGUCGUUAAAGGCGAGGAAAAAGAUUAACGCGUUCUCAUCGCCUGCCGCCUCGAAGAAAUCCUCGCCGGGUCUCUUUUCGCGUUUUAAGUCAGGCAUGAGCAUCGACAGCACUAGGAGCAACAGCAACAGCGGUUCGUUGCAUGAUCAGGGCUCGCAACACUCUCAGACCGGUUGGAUAUCCUCUUUGGCCGCAAGUUUCCGGCCAAAGAGACAAACGACGAGCGAGUUGCCGUCCUCGUCGACCCCGGUCCACUCCCAAUCACAGAAAUCUCAGAGCCGCGAUGAGAUCAAGUGAUACGUCCUUCGCGUCGAUCGAGGAGCCGAAAGAGAUGGAUCUUCCAAUUCGUCGCGUCGAGAAUGGUGGGCGCGACAGCCGUUCUGCUGUAACAGCUAAUUUAACGCGAGAAGAAACUCUCUUCUUCGGCUCGCGAUCGAGCGCGAUAUUUGAUUUGCCAAAUCGCUACCAAAUUUUUUUCCCGGAGUUCCAGCGAGUCGCGCUUCGACCAUGGAAUCGACCAAAUUUCUAACGAGACUUUCCAAUUCCUUGGAUUUCAGUGUAGCAUCUCAUUUUUCCCUUGCUACGCGACCUCCUACGCGUCACGCCAUUUUUUCUCCCUUUCUUCUUUUUAUUCUUUAUAUUUUGUCUUUCUUCCUUUCUUUCUUUCUUUCUUUCUUUCUCUCUCUUCUUCCUCCCUUUUCUUUCCUUUCCUUUUCUUUUCUUUUUUCGAUAAACAUAGAUUACGUUAUUUAUUGUCGAAUCAUGGCACAGCCUAACGAGUAAAUGUCAAUGUUGUUCGUUGAAUAGAUGCGCGUAUAUAUCUAUAUAUAUAUAUAUAUGAAUAUACGGAAAAGAGGUAAGCGUAGAAGAAUAAACGCCCUUAAGGUAUUCGUCUCGUUCGACAUCGGACAACACAUCGUGUACGCAUACGUGUGUCGCUUAAGCGCGUUUUACGCAUGUGUGCAGCUAUUUGUGUACAUAUAAGACACGUCACACACAACAAGUUUAUAUAUGUAUAUAUACAUAGGAUAUGCUAGUUAGAUAGAGAAAAAAUGUCGAUUCGUAGACGGAUCGACUCUUGCGUGUAUGAUACAGAAACGAACGAAAGAUAUAGGUAUGAGAGAUAGCUCUAGUGGAAAUAAGAAAGACGCAGCCUAAUUGUCUUUCUCAUUUGUGAUCGGUGAAAUGAUCGACGAACGAUCGACCGCUCGAUCCCUCGACGUUGUUGAAACACGCGCCUUUUUUUUUUUUUAAUCUUCGAUUACUUUUUUUCUGCUUUCCUCUUUUUUAAAUGUUUAUAUUUUUAUACUAUUAUUACAUCGGCGUGUCCGUAAGCGAUUAAGAAACCGCACGUAUUGUUGAACUCUAGUCUUACGUUAUUGUUUUCGAGAGAGAGAGAGAGAGAGAGGGGGGAGAGGAGAGGAGAGGAGAAGGGGAGAGCCUGAACCUAUAUUAGGGUAUUUUUUAGUUUUUUAAUUUUUUCUUUUUUCUUUUUUUUUUUUUUCUUUUUUUUAAUAACGACCGUAGCUUUAUUUUUUAGGGGGUAAGUUUACCCUUCGACUUUGACGAUCUCAACGAUCGUUUUGCGUUAACGCGCCUAACGUUCCUUUCAACCUUUUCCUUUCGUUGCGUCGAGGAAAAAGGCUCGUUAAGUUUUAUCGAAGGAAAAAAAUUGAGAAAUCAAAUGAAUGCGACGAGCAAUGUCUACGAGUUGACUCUAAUGAUACUUUUAAAUUUUGAGACACGCCUCUUCAUCGAAUCAAAAAUCGUCACUUCCUGGAAAUACUAAACAAAUAUCGUUCUACGUAUGUAUAUCGAUUCGUCGAUCGUCUGUCUGUCUCUUACGACUAUAAAUGUGCAAACUUCCUUUAGAUGUAUGAACUUUUAUCCUAAAGAUUGCGAGUAGAAAAGAAGGACUACCUUUUAUAUCGGUAUAUGUUGGCAAUUCGGAAGGAUUCGAAAUCGUGGAAUGAGAAUUGGAAGGAACGAGUGUGCUACGCCGUGCGUUAAGAGAAAGAGAGAGUAUGUGUGUGAGAGAGAGAGAAAGAGAGAGAGAGAGAGAGAGAGAGAGAGAGUGAAAGCCGCGUAAAGUAAAUGUAUAGACUAUAUAUGAUCAAUUAUCAAACACUAUCUGUGCCUGACCUACGUAUUUAUUUGUCAUUUUCCUAAUUACUAAUCUUACCCUCUUCUCAUAUGGCCGAAUAAAUGUGGGCCAAUUUUUCUAACUAAACUGGUGAAAAAAAAAAAGAGAAGAUUUUUAAUCUAGCCGGACAAUCAAUAUCGCUCGAUAGAAUUCCAAACGGAUCGUUGAAAACGUAUCUCUAUCGAAUGUUCGAAGCGUCUUACGAUUUUACUUAAAAACCGAGAAAUGUAUGAACGAUAAAAACGCGUUUCCGCGAAAAUCGAACUAAAGCAUCAAACAAAAAUUUGAAAUAUAUUUUUAAAUGUCCACUUUAAUACUAAUGCUUUUUUAUCGGUUAGUAUAUAUAAAUUAGAGUCGAUCGAAUAGCAGAUAUAAUUCACUGAUCGCGCAUGGUUAAUGCGCGUGAUAUGUGCUAAGAGGAAGAGAAGAAGAAGAAGGGAAAGUGAGAGCAGCGAUCAAAAAGUUGAAACUUUGAAAUCGAUAUCAAAUGGGCCAAGCGGGUCGCAUCCUCGCGACACCGCCCUCACUUGUCAAUUCGUUAUUUACUCGCACUACGUGUCCUUCUCAUAUUUCAAUUACCAUUGUCAAUUACGGAAUACAACCGGUCGAUCUCUGUCACAGCUUCUCUUAUCUCCAAAGAGAAUUUACUUUAGUGUCGUGAAAUAUUAAAAUCCUAUUAAGCGCAUUGUCAAAUCCGAUUCUCCUCUGUCAUGCGUUGGUCCUAUUGAAUGAUACGACAAAUUUAUCCGUUUGUCGUCUUUCCCAAUCCAUAGAUUAACGAACGAGAUUCAUAAAGUACAGAUUAAACUGCUUAAUUUAUCUCAUAAAAAUAGCACGAACUGACCCAAUGUCGUAUAUAAGGAGAAAGAUAAGUAUACAAAUGAACGAAAAAAAGAAAAAAGAAAAAAAAAAUAUAUAUAUAUAUAUACAUGAAUUACAAUUCUACGUACGGAUAGAAAUAUAUUUAGCUGAUAUGAGAGUUUAACCGUUUGCGUAUCAGAGAGUUUUGACAAAACGUAAUUGAAAAACGCCAAGGGCACGAUGGCGCUUUUUCGAUUACAUAUCGAAAAAAGCCGAAGAGCACGAUAGCGCUUGUCAUAUUCAAUGCGGUAAACAAACAUAUAUAUGUAAACAUAAAAUAAAGUUAUGAAUGAAAAAAAAAAUAUAUAUAAUAUAUAUUUAUAUAUAUAUAUAUAUAAUAUAUAUAUAUAUUUAUAUAUAGAAUAGGUAACAAAAAAAUACAAAUUGGGUUACUGAUAGCGAUGCGACGUACAUUCGUCUGAAAGGCUGAAAGUGUUUUGACAAAUUUCAGGUGGGCCGUCAUUUGUCUAUUUCAGCCAAAUGUCCUGGCUUUUUUCGAUACAAAAUCUGAAGAGCGCGAAAAUGGCUCGUGGUACGCAAACGGUUAAGGAGACUUUGAGGAGAGAUUGAGAAAGAAAUAAAAGGAUACUGUUAACUUAAGCUCGCGGGCGAGUUACUACUAUGAUAAUCUAAUGAUGUAACGUGUGUGUAAGAGAAGUUGCGUGUAAAGAAAAAAAGAAAAACGUCAUGAAAAAAAAAGAAUCUCCGCAUUGCGGAAAAUGCGUCGACGACUUAUUGUCCAACUACGGCGAUAAAUUCCGAUCCGUGUGGAUAGAUUUAAUUCGAUAGUUGUUUAAAGAAUUUCGCCCUUGUGCCAAUAAAUGUAAAGAUAAAGACAAGAAUAAUCUCGUUCGUUUCCUCGUCUAAGUAAAAUGUUCUAAAUCAAAAUCGGUUGAUAAUUCGAUCGUAAAAAAAUAUGAUGAUCAGUCAUAGAUUGCAGCCACACGCUGAUAUGACAUUUAGAAAGAAAAUAAAACGAAAGAACGAUGUAUUAUCAUCGUAACGCGCACACAUACACACACACACACACACACACACGCACGCACGCACGCACACCCAUAGAAAAUAAUAAUGAGAACGAGGCGAAUAAAGUAUAUAUGAUGAUAAUGUCGAUUGCGUGGUACUUAUCUAUCCAUUUGAUUCCAAUAUGUCGUAAUAAUAGCAAUGUUAUAGUAAUAUUAUUGUCCAAGCGAUACAUGGUCAAUCUCUACGACCAUAAGAUCGGUCUUUUUUGUAAAUGUAAUUGAGCGAAUGAGACGAAAGGAACGAUAAAAGAUACGUGAAAAGAAUCGAGUCGGGUUAAAAACAACUUUUCCUCGUGUGUAUCUUAAAUUGGUAUUAUUUCAAUAAAAGAAGAAGCUGUUCCAUUAAUCGAAACGAAAAA